AGAAAACGUAUUGAGGCAAAUACCCGUUUAGGGUUUCUUAUUAAUGAUGUGAUAAUAAUUUACAAACUCUUAGACCCAUAUUUAUACAGCCUCAAAAAACCCGAUUUCCUUUUCCCAAUAGAAAUAGUAACUUUCCUAAACCGAAAAGGCAUACUGUACCCACGAGUGCUGAACAUUUUACUGGUACAAUAGAGAUUUAAGACACACAGAUGCAACAAUGGUAAAGAAAUCUCCUUUGUCCGAUGUUCCAUUAUCUCAUAUUCCUAAGUCUGUCUACGAAACAGCAGCAGUUUGGAUCAACCAACUUUCAUUUGAGACACAGUGGAAGUUCGUAUCGUGGGCACUUAAUCGACUUCUCAUUGAUUGGGCAGCACAUGCCACAGGCCAAGAACAAACUUUUACCAAAUCUCAGGUGGCGACGUUGGUUGAAUUAGCCAUGGUGUUGCGUGCGACACCUGAUUCUUUGACUUGUCUUUUGCUGAUGCUGAGGGGGAGACCUAAAUAUCAUGGCCAAGACAAGACAAGCUUCCGCUUAUCGUUUGGAUGAUGACUCAGGCCUUCC